AAUGUUGAUUUAAUUUAAUCUCGAAAGCAGUUUACAGAUAUUUAUGUGCAAUAAAAUUGUAUAAUGUGGCCUCAGGAAUAUAUAGAGCUAAAGCUCAUAGAAGAUUUAUUAGUUUGCGGAAUAUGCUACGAAUACAUGGAAACUUCUGUUAUCACAUCAUGUUCUCAUAACUAUUGUUCUUUAUGCAUCAGGAAGUACUUGCAUUAUAAAACCCAAUGUCCCGUUUGUUUCGCCGAAACUUUUGAAAAGGACUUGCGGAAGAAUAAAGUUCUGGAUGAAAUUAUAACACAAUUUUCCCAAAUCAAGGAUAGACUAAAGAAAUGUUUAAGAAAUCAAAUCGAUUUUCUGCCAUUUAAUAGAAGCGAUAUCAUUCUGAAUACUCCAAAAUCGGUGCAUAGAAUUAAAGAAAAGCAUUUAAUUAAACAAGACGAUAAAAUUAUUAAUAAAAGUUUCACUUCUAUGAAUAAUGGGUCACCUUCUUCAAACGUACAAUUAAAUAUAUCUAGUCCAGGCACCAGUGGAAAUUCUAGAAUACCUCUAAUGUUUACACCUAGAAGUGCAAAACGUUCAAACGUAACAGUCGUGGAAAAAACCGAUGAUGUAAUAUGUCCAGUGUGCAAAGUUACUAUUUCAGAAAUGCAUAUAAAUAGACAUCUUGAUGAUUGUUUGAAACGAGAAUCAAUAAAAAAUAGACCACAAGUAAGAGAAUCAAACCGCCAACCACUGCCAAAAUUAGUAUUUACUUUAAUGAAGGAAGCUGUGAUAAGAAAAAAAUUAAAAGAAUUUGGUUUAUCAACGCAAGGAGAUCGAAGAGUUAUGGAAACUCGAUUGCAAAGAUACAUUGUCCUUUAUAACGCAGAAUGUGAUAAAUCAAAUCCAAGACCAGUUUCAGACUUAAUCAAGCAGUGCGAAGAUGAAGAGAAUCUUGAGAAAAAUAUUUAUAAAACUUCAUCGUUUAUAAAUAAGUUACAAGUUAAUAGAAAUACAGAAGAAAAUGUUAUAAACGAGGAGAGAAAGAAAUACUUGGAAACAUACAAAGAUAGCUUCGAAACUUUAAUUAGGAAGAUUCAGCGUACUGAUCCUCCCAGAAAUUCAUUUGCAAAACGCAAUCUACUGAACGAACAUGUACAAAGCAGUGAAAGUAUUUUGCAUAUACAUGAAGCGAAGGAUGAAAAUUCAGAUCACUCAGUGACUGAAAGUGACAAAAACGAGUCUAUGAAUUUGGUUGAAUAUAUCGAAGAUUCCGAUUCGGAUACUAACUGCCCAUUACAAGUGUAUUCUAGCACUCAUUCAAUAAAAUUGCAUGAUGCCAAAUUAAAUUCUUCUAAUAAGGAUAUUCCAAAGAAUGAAUUUGAAUGUUAUGAAGAGCAUGUUGAUACAAAUUUAGAUAUACUUAGUGAUAUUUCUGUGUCUAAUAAAGACACACCAAUGGAUACCGAUUCUACGAACGUAAGCAGCAUUUUAAAGGAUAAAGUACCAUCUCAAAGAAAGGAAGAAUUAUCUUUAAAUGAUGAAAUAUCAAGUAUGGACUCUAUUACUACUAACACAGAAGAUUUCGAUCCCAACAAUGUUUUAGAUCAUGAAGAGGCAGAUAGGAAAUCAACAUCUGUUUUACAAGAUGUUCUGUGUGAUUUAUCAAGUAACGAUAGUAUCGACAGCAAAUGUAACUCUGAGAUAUCACGUUCCAUUGAUCACGAAUUUUUAAAUGACAGUGCAAAAGAUCUGUCAAAUAUGGAGAAAGAAAAUAUAAAUUUGACGCCCGGAUCUAGCGGAAGCCGUUCGCUCCGAAAAAGAGAUCGUGAUCCAGUACAAAAUGAUAAUAGAAUUGUUUCAAGUGUAAAGAAAAAAAUGAAAAAGUUGCCACAAUAUCACGAUAGCGAGACUGAUGAAUCGAACAACGAAGAAUCUUUGAGGGCUUUAAAUAAUAAUGCAAAUAACUAUGUGAAACCAAAAUCACGAUUGAAAAAACGGGUAUUAAAUACGCUCGCGACAAAAGACACACCUGUAUUAAGAAAAUCUGUUAGAAAGAAAUUUAAA